AUGUCCGAUCGUCUACACCGCGCCACAGAGAAGUUCAAGACUAUGAUCAAAAUGAGAACCUGGUCCUCGAAACGAGCGAAGAAGCAACAGGAAGAUGGCCUCGGCCGUUGCCACCUAAUGGAAUUACCUACCGAGCUGUUGUUGGAGAUCAUAUCCCAUCUGACAGUGUUGCCGGAGGCUGCGCUUGCGCUGACCAACAAGCGCAUGUUCGCAAUAUCCGGAGAGAUCCUGCUCUCGAAAUCCCUCCGGUUCAGUCGUGACUUUGCACCGCUAUUCCACCAUUAUCGCAAUGGACACAACUUUGUCACGCCCCGGUGGUCAUUCCUCAACUUGUUGGAAAACUCCCGCUGGAAACUAUGCUCCAAGUGUUUGAAACUCCACCCUAGAGCCGCAUUCUCAUCCAGAGAGCUGAGGCGGAAGCCAGAGCAUCGAACAUGCAAUGCUGGAGAGUUGGCAGGGGUUGUCGACCUGUGCCCAUGCAAGAAAUUGACUUUCCGUGAUAAACUCGAUCUCGCAGAUCAUGUUCGAGUGCGGCAGGUGGCACUACUACCCUUGAAAUCAACCUUCGGGAACGCCGUUAAUGACCGCUACUGCUGGCAUACAUGCACCGAGCAGUAUGGCCCAACCGAGCUGAAGACAUCUUUGUUCCCUGUGAUCAAUGCCAACAAUCAGCUGGUUCUUCGCACGGAAUACGAACUCACCACCGAGUCAGGUCAAGUUGGCAAGGAAGAUUAUAUGACACCACGCUUUGGUUUGCAGUGCUUGUGA